GUCAAUGUUUGACCUUCUCGCCAGUCCGAGUCACGUUUGACAUGACAUGUCUGUGGCUGCAUGGCUGAACUUCAUCCCGUCAGUAGAUUAAGAUGCAAAAAAUUAUUCCGUGAAUGUUGUCGCCAUACAGGAUAUCUGCAGAACAAAAGCACAGAACUAUGGUGAAGUAUUACUGCUGCGCAGGUUUGCUCAAAAGCACCUGGGACCAAGUUUGUGUUGCUUUUUGGCAACGAUACCCCAACCCUUACAGUAACCAUGUUUUGACGGAGGACAUCAUUUUCCGGGAGAUAACUCCAGCCAACUGCCUCAUUUCCAGACGUCUUUUGACCAAAACUAGCCGAGCGCCUCGAUGGAUGGAGCGGUACCUUCCAAAGCACAUGGCCAGCUCGGCGUACAUCAUUGAGGACUCCAUUGUGGACCCUCAGAAAAGGACCAUGACCACACUGACGUGGAACAUCAGCCAUGCACGCCUCAUGUCUGUGGAGGAGCGGUGCGAGUACCGAAUUAACCCUGAGAAUGGCAGCUGGACGGAGAUAAAAAGAGAAGCUUGGAUCUCUUCCAAUGUGUACGGACUCUCUAGAGCUAUUCAGGAAUUUGGCCUUGCAAGAUUCAAGACCAGUGUUACAAAGACCAUGAAAGGCUUUGACUAUGUGCUGGCAAAAAUGCAAGGCGAGACUCCAUCGAGAACUCUAGCAGAAACUGCUACAGAACGAGCAAGAGAGACGGCACUGGCAGCUAAAGAGAAAGCCAAAGAUCUUGCCUCGCACGCCCAGAAGAAACAAUAUGUGUGAUGAUAAAUAUGCAUUAAUGAUCAGUCAUCUUUAACUGAUAGUGGGACAGAUUUCUCUUUACCCCCUGACUGUUGGGGCUGAGACAAACUGGUCUCAGUGAUGGGUAGACACCUCUAUGAGGAAGCUUCCAACUUAAAUGGUGGGUGGACCAUUAAGGCUUGAGCUGGUCUAAGAGCCUCUUUCAGCCUCCUUGUUUGCCUCAUGUUGAAUUUGUUUUACCUUUGAUAGCAGAUCAUCUCAGUGUUUACCAGAGAUAGAGAGCAAGAAAGCAGUGGUUGAAUAUGGCUCCAGGUGCCAUAAAAUGAUCAUAGCACUUUGCCAAGCUCGAUAUUUUUCCUCAGACCUUUGCUCAACCUCUGUGCCCAUCAGCGUUUCUUUUUACUCUGUUCCUUUGAGUAGGUCAUGUUGUUUUGUAAUAGCUUUGUAUUAUGAUCAGCAUCUGACUCCAGAAGCCAAAAUUAGCAGACCACAGAACAUGUGUUUAAUGCUAAUUAAUGUGUAUAAUUUCCUCUGUUGUAUGUUUCGCCGCUGUUAUGAUCAGUUCACCCAGCCACACCUUAAUCGUCCUAUCAAGACUGAUUGCUUCAAGUUGAAGUGUAUUGACUGAAGAAGGUUCUGUAUUGUGGGCAGUUGUACCUAUAUAAUAGAGAAAAAUUAAAUUAGCACUCAUGAAUAUGUUAAGAUCUGGUUACGAUGAAUAAAUUGUCUCCCUACACAUACAAUGACACCUUUCAUCCAACAAAAAAUAUGCUCUUACAAAUAAAUGUAUGCUUGUCAAUAAACGGGCUGUUUCUUUCUAA